AUGUAUGGCGGUUACUACAAUGCUGGUAUGGCAGGGAGUAAAGUUGUGAAUGUCAACGUAUUUGCCAUAAGUGGAACAUCCGCUAAAAUGGAAUGUGAUUUAAAAGCAUCAAUUGAAACAGAUCAAAUCGCUAGUGUUAGCUGGUCAAGAUAUAACAACAACACACCAAUAUACACAUUCGAUUUGCGUAGUGGACAAUUUCAAGGGAAUAUUGCUGGCGGCAGUGGAAGUGUUGGUAGUAGUGGCAUCAGCAGUAACAGUAACAGUAUCAUCCCAUUUGGAACAUCAUUGAGCAGAGAAAUGAGACUUGGUGAUAGAGCAUACUUACGCGUUGAGGAUACACGACCUUUACAAUUUCAACAUAUCAUUGAUAAUGUACGGCAAGAAGAUGAAGGCAUCUACAAAUGUACCGUUCAUUUUAUGAAAUCACCAACGCUCACCACUUUAGUCAAUUUAACUGUCAUAGUUGAUAUACGAGAGCUCGUGAUUAUCGACUGGUCUGGUCGACUACUAAAAGGCCAUACAACACAGCCAUUGCCUGAAGGUGCUAGUGCAAAUAUAACAUGCAUUGCAUAUGGAGGAAAACCAUUGGCACGCGUUACAUGGUGGAAGGGAGGUGUACUAGUUGAUGAUACCGAUGAAGUAUCAGAAGAAGGGCAAUUAACAACGAAUGUGUUACGUAUAGCAAAAGUGACAAGGAAGGAUUUAUUAACAACAUAUUCAUGUGAAGCAUCUAAUUCACAUAAUCAAGUGCCAAUUACUGCACAAAUUACAAUCGAAAUGUAUUUACGACCCUUAGAGAUACGUUUGGAAGGGAAAGUCGAUGGUUUAAGUGUUAGUAUGCGUCAUGAUAUAAUAUGUCGUAUGCGUGGAUGUCGACCUCCUGGCAAAAUAACUUGGUGGAAAGAUGGAAUCCUUAUCAACAAUGCUGAUGUAAAGGAAACGACAAUUUAA